AUGCUUAGUAUUUUGAAAAUUCUCCGUUUUUUUUCAAAUCCUAACCAAAAUCCUGUCGCAAAUGAUCUUCAAACAUCACAAAAUACUGAAAAACAACCACGAGGAAAUAAAUUGGAUGCUGCAGAAGAUGUCGCUUUAAUGUCAGCAUGGUGUUUUGCUAGUGAAGAUAAGGAGCGUGGAAAAAACCAAAAAAAAGCAUCAUUGUGGGCACAAAUAAAGCAACUGUAUGAUGCCGCUCGGGUUGAAAAUCCAGAAAAGCUAAAUAGCAGGAACGAAGAUCAAAUGAGAGGUCGUUUUAAACGGCUUAGUGAAAAUGCACAAAAGUGGGUUGGUGUGUACCGGGAAGCAUGGCGUCGAAGAAGAAGUGGAAUGAGUCAAAAAGAUAUUGAAAACGAAGCUCAUAAACUUUAUGAGGCGAGUGGGAAUAAGUUCAACGACAUUAUUGUUUUUAAUGAAGUUAUGUGUAAACAUGAGAAGUGGGCUUUAGAGUUAGAUCGUGACACAACACGUUCCCGUCCUGAAUGUGAAGUGGGUAAUGAAGAAAGUGGUGGUAGCUCGAAAAGAUCAAAGACUACUGAAGAAGGGGAGUAUUGUGUCCAUUCCAACCCAGAAACGCCAACUAGUGAUUGUUCAAUAGUUAAACGUCCAACAGGCAGAGAUGCAGCAAAAAAAAAGGGAAAGGUAAGGCUUCUAAUGAAAUUGUUACAGAACUUCGUGCAAUGA